GUCCACGUAUCUCAGGCAGAUCCUGCUGUGCCCCACUCACGGUCUCCAGGCGAAAGAGGACACGCCCCGAUGGGGACCCGGUGCCAGUGCUGAAAAGCUGAGCGAGCGUGGACAAGCGACUCUUUCGGGUUUCAUUUGCCCGGACCCUGGCGUCGGGGUGGCAACGCCUGUCGCGGAGAUGUUGCAGGAUCGAAUUACGCACUGUAGCUCAGAGCGCUGUGGGAAACACCGAGAUGAUUAAAGGCAGGAGAAUGAACAUUAGCACAUUUGUUAAAAGAUAAACUGAGGGGUACUGAAAAUUUUAAGAGUUUAUCUGAGCGCAAGUCGACUAGAAUCAGGCAGUGCCAAACUGCCCUCCACCCUCAAGAGCGGCGGGAGAGACUUUUACGCAGCAAAGGUGGAAGCAGAGCAAGGAAGUUACUGAUUGGCUGUAGCUUGAAGCCUCCUGCGCUGCUCCUGAUUGGUUGUCCUUAAGUUUAAGUUUCAAAACCUGCACUUCGAUUUACUUAUAUAGACCACCGCGGCGUUAGAGCCACCCCAGGCUCGUGGCGUCCUUGUUCAAUUAAUUUAACACAUCCUAAAGGAUAAUUUCAUGAAAAUGUUCUCAUGGCACUUGGCGCCUCUUGAGGGAAAAGGAUGCAUAUAUGCAACGUAACCAUCGAAGAAUCAGUUGAGACCCACUUUGGCAGCCGUGGCAGAAGGGCCUUACUCUACGGGCCUCCUUCCUACAGCAAAAAGGAACUUCAGCUCCACCAGCGCGUUCUCACUCAGCAUCGCUAUCAGGUUGUCAUCGCUGAAGGAAGGCUCGGUGCUGACCUUGGGCUGGAGCUCCUGGGAAAAGGUGAUUCAGGCUCUUGGGAUCUGCUCAUUUGCCUGUCUUCCAGGAAAGCUGGUGGAAAACCCUGCAUAUCCAAGGAAGACGUGUGCCAUUUAGGUCUGCAUCAAAAGGUAAACAUAUUACCAGAAAUACAGCAUCAUCUUUGCAGAAAGGAAGGAUUAUGUCAAAUAAUUAGAAGAUUUCCAGAAUUGCGCCUUCUGGUGAGCCCCUCUGUGUGUCUGAAUCAGAGCAUACAAUUAAAGCUGAGUACUUCAAGUCACCUUUUAAAAACAGCGAAGACACAUAUGUGGAAACCAGAGGACUGGAGACGUGAACAGCUGAACCAAACAACAGUCCUUGCUCCACAAGAAACAGUGUUGAGAGCCAAGGAUCUGUCUGUGAUUCUUAAAGCUUAUGUGUUGGUGACAUCCUUAACUCCUCUGCGUGCAUUCAUUCAUUCAACUGGCACAGUUUGGAACCCACCAAAGAAAAAACGCUUCACUGUCAAGCUGCAAACAUUUUUUGAGACGUUCCUGAGAGCCAGUUCACCUCUUCAGGCUUUUGAUCAUAUGAAGGAAGCCAUUAGCAAACUCCUGCUGGCAGCUGAAGUGUUCAGUGAAACAGCUGCUCUGGGACCAAAGGCCUUCGAUAGAUGCAGAUUAUGUUUUCAACUUUUAACUUUUGACAUUGGUUACGGCAGUUUCAGGUCCCCUGUCGUGCUCAAGGUGCAUGAGCAUUUAAAUUUUCACGAUGAUGAUGAUAUUGAUUUUGAGGACCAAAACACAGAAGAACUCCUUUUGAAAGAUACUUUCAAUUUUCUCCUGUCUAAUGAAUCUUCACUUUCCAUAUUUUCUGAGAUAUUUCAGAGACUUUAUAGAUCAGGUGUAUUUAAGGGUGAAAACUAUCAAAAAGAACUAAAUCAAUGCCUGUCUGUAGAGGAGAUUAACUCAAUUAUGACUUUUACAAAGGAACUUGAGAGUUUGGGACAAUUCCAACUGCUCUUCCCGUCUGCUACUCCCGGGUUUCAAUCUUUGAUGCAUGAAUUUUACAAUAUGGCAAAUCCUAUGGGAAAACCUGGUUCCAUCCUGACCCACUACUGGUCUCUUUUAAAUGUAUUUGAACAAUUUCAGCUCCUGAAUGAAAAGGCACCGCUACAUUCGCUGGAAUGGAAUUCCUUCGCAGAAGAUGAGAACCUUAAAAGACCGCAAGUGCCAUUUGAUGCAGUUGAAAAGAAAAAAGCUGCGGUUCCACAAAUUAUGAACGCAACCAAAGAAAUACAUUGCAGUAAUGAUAAAGACACACAAUGUCAUAUCAAGGAGAUCUUCACACAUCCACGUUUGGAACUAAAUCCUGAAUUUAACCCUAAGAUCAAAAAUUAUUACUCUGAAGUCCCAUUUGAUGUGGUAACACUGACAAUUGGAGUGGAGACUUCUAAGUGUCAGUGCAAGGUGUACCUGCAUGAACGGGCAGGACUGAGCUUUGCCAACUACCCUCUGGGCUUAGGAAUGAACAAAAUCUCAGUGCUUGUGGUGGAUGAAUCUCCAGCCCAGGGUGAGACCCUGAUCACGUACAAACUCACCAUCUAUAGAGAAGACCGUCCAAGUCUGCCCUUGUUUGAGGACUUCGUGGCGUGCGGUUUUGUGCAGGAUUGUGGUUUGCUGAUUCAACCAGAGGAAGCCUGUGGGUUACAGCCCAUUUCCUCUGACUACAUUGAAGCCAUUUCACAGCCCGAGCUGAAGACUUGUCCAUCUGGGGACACAAAAGGCCAGUGGAUCGUGCCUUGCCUUAGCUGUUCAGACAACAGGACCUGUGACUGGAGAGAAAUAACAUGGCAGCCCCACAACUGCCAAUAUGGUGUCUUAACUAAGCCUCAGCUCCAGCAGUGCCUGGGAGGGAGGAAGAUUCUUUUCAUUGGAGAUUCAACCAACAGAGGGAUAAUGUACUAUCUGAUCGAAAGAUUGAAUGAAACGUUGCAGGAAUGGCAGAAGGUGCAUGGCACUAAAUUCUAUCACAACGUCAAUGGUGGGAAGACUUUGAUCAGUUACUCCUACUAUCCCCAGUUCUGGAUAAGCCCUUCAUUGAGACCGACAUUUGAAAAAGCACUUGAACAUCUCUUGCAAAGAUCACGUCCCCUGGAGAAUACCAGCCAGACUGUGUUGGUCGUUGGUGGUGUUCAGUGGCUUAAUUCCAAUCACCUGCAAAUUAUUCAUAAGGUUUUGAAGAGGGAAGAUUUACUCAAUAUCCUUGUGAUCAUCAAAACUUUGGGAAUUGGAUUUCAUCUGCCAGUGGAUGGAGUGCAUUUCUUAACACAGAGUGAAGUUCAGAAUUUAUGGAAAGAAAAUUUGGUUAUUCUGGAUGCUGCAAAAAAAUAUGGCUACGAAGUGGUUGACACAUUCACCAUAACAAUGGGGCGACACAAGGAGUUUCUGCAGGGGGCGUGUGGAUGUCAUUUCCAUGAGGUAGUGAAAUCAAAGAUAUCCAAAGAAUAUCACUUCAUUAAAAUGAAACGAUCAAGAAAUCAUGUUGUGGGAAGGUACUUCAGCAAUCAAAGCAAACUACAGCAAAGACAACAAGAUUCUGUGACAAAUUUUCAAUCACCGUAUCAUGUCAGAGGUCCAGUUAAUCAGGUUUGCUCUGAAAUUCUUCUCAGCAGGAUGUGUGCGAGUGAAAGAACCGUGUAGACUCUGCAGAAGGACUGAAUCUGGAAUUGGAGAUAAGCCACGCAUCUGGAUGAUGGUCUAGGAACCAAAUCCUGUACAUCACGUGGGUUUUGGUUCCACUGCUCACGCUCAGGCACCCUGGCACACACAUGUGCACCAAGGCACGCUUAGCUGAAAAAGUAAUAACACUUUUUUUUCCCCUACAGCUUUAUAAAGUCAGGAUGUGCACUUGGAAAUAAGUUGGUUUCAAGAUGAAAGAAAGAGCUAAAAGAAGGUGACUUGAAGUCUAACCAUAAACUAGAACCUCUGAGGGCCGGCUAGUGCAUUGUGAUAACAGAGACAAAUAGACAUUUAAAUCGUGUGGGGAAAAUAAGAUAAUGCUCUUGAGUAUGUGUUAUCUUUAUCGGUACCUUAAUAUAUGGAAAAGGGGGAAAAGUAGUUACAUUCCACCUGCAGGUAGGGAUCUCGCUUAUGCCCUUUGCCAGGAGAAGACACAGCAUUUAUGGCGGUUUAGGCUUUGUGAAUCUGUUUAUGAAAACUGUUUCUUCCUGUCCUUUUAAAAUCUUGUAACUGAAAGGAAAAGGACAGGAAUGCUCCUCCAGGGGAUUCUGAGAGAUUCUACGAGAGAGAUAGGAAAUGUAAUAUUUUAUAGUUAAAACACCAAUAUAUUUAAAACUUUGCACUCUGUACUUUUCAUAAACAUUCCCUCCUAGCCUGUCUGUGAACUUGGAUGGGUAAAUGUAGUCUAAGUUGGUUAGUUAUGUAAUUUUCAAGUGAGAAACAAAAUAGUUCCUUGUGGGUUAUUUUCUUAUGUUUCAUUGAUGAUAAUACUUAAGAAAGCUUUUGUUUGCAGUUAGAGCCCUAUAUAAUUUAAGAUUGCAAUUAUAUUUUAUGUAAAUAUUUUGCAAAGGAUUAAGCAUUCUCAAGUGCAUAGGCAUUUAUUUCCAUGAAGCAUUUGUAUAUGUCCACAAUACUACUAUGUUACUAGUAACUAUAUUUUGAUUUUCCUGAGCAACUGUAAUCCAAAUUUUAGAAUAGACAUAAAAUUAUUUUUUACAAACCUGUGGUAUACAUAUAAAACAUACCUAAUCUUGGUAUUGAGAACUUUCUCUUCUUUAAGUUCUUUGUUGUACAAUUGCUCUGUUGUGAGAUAACAUAUUACAGUUACAAUGUCUUUUAAAGGAUUAUUUUUCUUUGGGGGGAAAAAAAGCUGAGGGUUAAUUUAAUACUUGACUGAAAUUACCAAAUGUACAAAUACCUCAAUUUCAUUACCAUACAAAAAAAUAAAACUAUUUUGAUUGAUCAGUUUCUUAGUAUGAACAUCCACCUCCUUUAAAUCUCUAUUUUUAUACAUAUUUUAUAUGAAAGUAAACAUGAAUUUAUAUUUAACUGUCUUAAAUUAUAUCUAAGCACACAAGUAUGACUUGAUAUAAACAAUUCAUACCUGAAUCUGACAAUUUUUUUAAAGAAUGGUACAGAAUUAACUUUUAAAAUGAAGGAUUUUUCUAAUAUCUGCAGCUAUAUGCAAGCAUCAUUUUUAAGUUUUCAGUGAUUUUUUUUAAUGAUAUAAAAGUUUUCCAAUUUAUGUAGCUUAUCCAUCGUGUUAGAAUAUCACAUACUCCAGAACAGAAUUAUAGUCAGUGGAUGUUGCUUGUAACUUCCUGUCAACCUAACGUAAUGCCCUUCUGACUGAGAGGUUAACCUGGCAUUUACCUCUUUGCCAUUGAAAUAAUAAUGGAUUUUAGAAACAACUGUAAUAAUACUGUUAAUAAAUGUCUUCCUGGUAAUA